GAAGCUUUCGGUUUCCUAAUCGCUACCACUAAACGAAAACUAUCUACCUAGGAGGUUUACUAUAAGUUUCUUACUCGUCUCAGAAUGUUUUCUUCCCCUCUUGAUGAUGACGAAGGAGAUUUCAUGUCCCCGACCCGUGGAGGCUCUUCCAAGCUUGCAUCGUUAUUUGGUCAGGAUAGAGCAUCGUUUUUAGGAGGGAAUGAAUCCUUGACGUACACUGCUCCUAAGCAGCCAAAGAAAGAGAAACCAGCUGGAGCAGCGCAAGCUGGUGGUGGAGAAACAACACUCUUGUUUGCAACUGCAGUCCAUGCCUACAAAUAUGUCAAUGGCCAAUAUGCUAGUCAGGGAAAACUGGGCGCUGCAGUAUUGGGCAAUCAUCCUGCAAAUGAUUACCGGAUUCUCGUUUAUGCUUCAAAACAACAGCAAGUGACCACAGCAAAAAUUCAUGGGAAUUUUUCAUUCACGGUUCAAGGAAGUAAUUAUGCAAGUUUUUAUGAUGACCAGAGGCAGACAUGGUCACUUAAUUUUGAAUCGGAUAAGAAUAUCACAGAUUUUGCUAAACAGGUUGGGUUAUCAAAAUUCAAUUCUGCUUCAUCAAAUCUUUGCACACAAGAUCUCUCCCCUGGUGAUGGACAGGCUAUUGAACUAGGGGAUGCUUUAGAAGUCAAGUACACUGGAUGGUUAUGGACUAAUAACAGUUUUGGAAAAGUUUUUGACAGCAACACUGAGACAGAUAAAACAUUCAAAUUCAAAACAGGGAAAGGAAAAGUGAUCAAGGGAUGGGAGCAAGGAGUGAUAGGCAUGAAAAAAGGUGGAAAGAGGUUGAUUGCCAUUCCCUCUGCUCUGGCUUAUGGAGAAAAGGGUGUACCUUCUAGAGUACCUCCUAACUCCUCUCUCUUGUUUGAAGUAGAGGUUUUAAGGAUUAAGUCCAGUAGAGAGUCAAAUGAAUCUCCAAUGACAGUUCAUGAACCUUCUCCAGCACAAAAUACUGAUCAACUGCCUGACAUUUUGUCUGAGCCUUCUGGCACAAGAAAAAAGUCUACAGAUUCUGUUUCGUCGCUAAGUGUCCCAGGAGACUCUGGAAUUAAAGGGAGAACUGCGUCAAUCACAGAACAGCUUUCACAGUCUCCAGGGAAAAACACAGAUAAGGCUCGUUUACUUGCACGGAUGUCCAAGAUGGGAAAAAAUCCUUUGUCCCUGCCUGGAGCUGUGGUUGCAGAACCUGAAAAUGAUGAACUGGGAGAGCAGGAGCAGGAAAUUCCAACUCAUGGUGAGUUCAGUACUCCAGAAACAGCAGAUGGGAAGACAACAAAUCCACCAGCCAUUAGCUCCAACCCUCAUCCUAAUGUCCGCUCCAAGCCCCAUCCUCCUCCGCGACCAGUACCUCAGGUUCACCCAGAGGUCCAUCAGCCAGUCCAUAAUCUAACGCCUCCUGCACAGCCAAUCCAACAGACUGUCAUGAACCCACAACCAGUGAUGCAGCCAGCUUUCACACCACAUCAGCAAGUUGCUUUGUAUCAGCCUCCAGCCAGCAUGGGGUAUCCCAUGAUGGGACCUCAGCCACAGAUAAUCACUGCACCAUAUUCAGUCCCACCCCCUACUCCCCCAGCCCCUCCACCCCAGCCCAGUGCUAAUGACGCAAUGGUCCCAGUGCUUAUGGCAGAGACACGGCAACAGCAAGGUGAAAUACGCAUGUCUAUUGGCAAGUUGUCAGACAAGAUUGACGAGCUCUCUAACAAGGUUGAGCGUCAUCAGCAGAACACAGCACAGCAUGGUGGACAACUAACACAAGUUGGUCAGAUGGGAAUCGGUGCCUUUGGUAAUCCACAAGCGGCAAUGGAAGCUGCUGUUUUAGUUCACAACAUCACCAGAAUAGUUCAGGAAAAUGAAAAGUUAAAAGCUGAAGGUGCUGAAAAGUCCAGAAAGAUUGAGACGCUGAAUGACAAGAUAUCAGAGUUACUGCAAAAGAGUCAGAGAUUUGUUGAACAUAGCAACACGAUGUUGGAACAAAGGAGUGAUUCUUUACAAGUGAACACAGCACAGUCACAAGCAAGGGUGUUAUCGCUAGAACAAGAAAAGAUCACCAUGAGCAGCGAGCUAACCUCAGCCAAGACACAUUUGGCAGCUCUCCAGAACGAAGUAGCGUUACUCCGUCAGAGGGAAGCAGAGCUCAGUGGUCAUCUCAGCAAGGCGACAUCAGAAGCUGAAAAAUACAGAAAUGACCUGAUGCGAGCUAAAGAUUCGCACACAGAAAGUGCAGAAGAGAGUGAUAAACUGAAGCAGUCGUUUAAAGAGGAAAAACAGACAAGGAAAAGACUGGAAAGCAAAGUGGAGCACAUUGAAGAGGAGUUGAAUGAUUUGAAACAUGAAAAAGAAAGUUUGGAAAAGGGUUUAACAGAUCGAAAAAAGAAACAUGCCGUCGACAAGAAGAAGUUCGAGGAAGAACUAGAAGAUCUGCGAUCACAGCAAGAGGAGGAGAUAAAAUUUUUGAAGGAAAAACACAGAAAAGAGAAGCAAUCAAGUGGAACAGUCACAGCGCAACAGGUCGCUCAGGCGGAAACAGAACUUGAAACGAGAUGGACAGAAAAAGCAGAAAAAAUGGUUGCACAGACGGAAGAGAAAUGGAAAAGGAGAUUCCAAGAAGUUACUGAUGAAAAGGAAGAGACAGUAAAAAAACUGGCAGAACUUAAAGAAAAGGUUUCAACGCUUAAAGCAGGCGACGAUGAAAAAGAAGAGAAGAUCAAAGACCUUCAAGAGAAAUUAGAAGAUCUCGCCGGAAUACGAGAAAAGUACAAGCGUCUUCAGGAUUCUCAAGGUGACAGAGAUUCGCAGAUAGAAGCACUUCGCUCAUCAGAACAAGAGCUAAUCGCGCUUCAGGCCAAGUACCAAGAAGUUCGCUCCAGAACGUUGAAAAUGAAGGAACAGUAUGAAGAGCAACUGGCUUCCGCCGAAGAGGAACGUGAAUCUGCUGUUUCAGAAGCAUACAGUAAGGGAUUGACGGAAGGGAAGAAACAGAGCGCUACGAGCAAAGAAAAAUCCUCUGUCAACGUGACUGAUGAAGUCAAACGUAUUAUGAACACGGUGUUCUAUAUGCUGAGAAGUGAGUUCGAAGCGGACGACAGUUAUACAGGCUCGCAAGUCAUGUCCGUAAUUCUUAAAACCAUUAAGGAGGUGACCAUGAAACUUGUGAGUGGAAAAUCAUCCAAGACGGAAGAAAGUGAAGAAGAGGAGGAGGAAGAGGAUGAAGAAGAAGAAGCAGAAGAUGAAGAAGAUGGAGAAGAAGAAGAAGAAGAAGAAGAAGAAGAAGAAGAAGAGAAGGAGAAAGAAGAAGAAGAAGAAGAAGAAAAAGAAGAAGAGACACUUGUGGGUGGAGAAGCAGCAAGGAAAGAAGAGAACAGAGAAGAAGACCAAGAAGAAUCAGAGGAAGAAGUGAAACCUGAGGAAACUGUUCAAGGUGUUGAUGAAGGAGAUGAAGAUGAAAGAGAUGAAGAGAAGGAAAGUAAAGAGUCUGUUACAGAGGAGGCUGAUAACCACCAGCGAGAAGGAUUCCAAGGAACUGUCGUUGAACAAAGCAAAGAUGAAAAAGAGACCAAUGAAAUGAAAAAUGAAGGAACCGAGCAUUUAGCACACAACGGUGAAAUCAGAGAAAAAGUGGAUUCUGUAGCUGUAGAUGAUGUAGAUGAUGGUCAUUUAGAAAGCUCUAACGAUAGAGAAAUCAAUGAAAACACUGAUAAUUUAGACAAUUCUUCCGAGGACUCAUUUCAAGGAAAUCAAAUAGAUGUUCCUUCUUUAGAAGAACUUUCUGCGGAGACAGAUGAAGACGCUAGAGCCGAUACUUCGGAAAAGGUUGUGCCAUCUGUAUCAGAAAGCGUAGAAGAUGCUUUUGGCGUCUCUGAGCAACGUAAAGAAGAACAAGAGACACAAGAUGUGCUCUUGCCAACAUCUCAGAGUGAGGCCCCGAGUGAAGAUAAACUUAAAUCACUGUUUGGUGACGAUGAACAUGACGAUGUGGAAUUUACGUUUGGAUCUUUGUCAAAGAAAAAAGAAGAGGAAAAGCCGGAUUCUCCACCGGCCCGUGCUGUGCCACCGCCGUUAUUUGAUGAUGAUGAAGAUGAUGAUCUUGAUUGGUUUAAAUGAAAUAUAUCGCAAUUCUGACCAAGCAUCAGCGCCAGUUUAGAAAAAGCCACAUAUCAUUUUAUCCUGUCCUGUAGCCCCUCUUGCAGUUAUUGCAAUAUUCCUCCCUUCCUCCCUUGUAGUGUUGGUAACGAGAAAAUCAACCAGCAUGAAGAAAACUGAGAAAACUGGACACUAACAUUCAGCAUUUCAACUCAUUUUGACAGACAGAAAUACGGAAGUCGAAGGAAAAAUCUUAAAAGUUCAAGAUGUAUGAAUGCUGGUCAAACGGAGUUAAGUGAUCAGCGCUAUUAUAUUGCACGCAAUUUCCGAGUUGCUCAAGAGUUGCCCGAGUUACCUAGGAGGGUUAGCGCGAAGCAGUCGAAAUGAAAAUGACCAGUUUUUCUCAUGGAAGUAAAACCUCCUUUACAUGUUUCUUCAUUUAGUAAGUAAGGCGUUUUGAAAAUUCGAAUAUAGUCUUUUAUCUUAGCUUUCACCGAGUUUUUCUAUUGAUAUGUUUAUUCGUAAUCAAUUUUCUUACAUACAAUUGCCAACAGUUUAGUCUUAUAUUUUGAGUUUGUUGAAUUAGUUAAACGACUUUUUAUGUUAUUAUUUAUUUCAUUUUGCUUUAAAUGGAGAAAUUAAUAGACAAUAAUUGUCAACAAUGAAUAUGGAAAAAUGGCGAGGAAACCUUUUAGUAACUUUAAAGGCUGGUGAAGUUGGGUUCUCUCGCUUGGAAAAAAAACUAUGGAAAAAGAUGAUGAAUAAAGUUAGAAGCAAAUAGA